CCCGUUUAAAGGGAUGCCUGACGUGAUACAAGUGCCUGCCAAGGCAACUAACGCACAAAACGCGGCGGCAAGUCCCGCCAGAACGCAGACACCGAUCCAGCGGCCAAACAAUGCUAUCCCGACUAGCGCAACGUCGCGCCAACCGGCUACACCACAAUCACCGAGUCCAAUCAAAACACGUGUGCCAACGACCUUGCCACAAUCCCACCUCGUUGGAAGCAACACCCCCCAAUCUACAUCAGCGGCUCAACCACUGUCGAAGUCGGUGGCGUUGUCAACUGGUCCAGCAAAGGCGACCCCAGCCCCCGCGAAGGCGGCAGCAGUACCUGAAUUCCAGCCAUCUAUGCAAAGACGCAAGUCGUCGCUGAAAACCGUAAUCAAGUCCAAACCCAAAGUGCCCACGAAGCUCAAAGGCAAGCGUGGGUCGGAGCUUUGGCAAGAGCGAGAAAAGGUGUUUGAACGCUUUCGCAAGGGGAACAUCGUGAUGCCCGUCCCCGAAGGGCCACUCGCCCCGGCGCGAGUGAAUAAAGUGUCUGGCUACUGCGUGGACCUGCAUUUGGUCAAGAACUGGCCACUCACAGAGCAGCUGGAAGGCGCCAUGCUCACGUAUGGGCUCCAAAUGACGUUCUUUCACAGCCCUACCAAGCGCUUCUUUGGUAAUACGUGGCUCAGUCCCGAGCUGCCCAACAACGGCAAGGCGGACGUGGUGGUCCAGAUCUCCGUCGGGUUCAUCUCCGACGUCGUAGAUGCCAAUUGUGUGGCGGUCGUUGAGCUCGUCGCAUACGAGAAGGAUCCGGCGUCCACGCUGACCACGGCGUCGCACGGCUGCGGGUGGUGCUUGUUGCCCAUGUUUGGUCAAAAGCUGCUGGGGCUAGCCCAUGAAACUCUCACCGUGAACGUGUUUGCCGGAUCGCCCCGUCAUUUGUACGUGGUGAAUCAACCAGAGUGGCAAAACCAAGCUAAAGUACCCGGCUGCAAACUGCUCUAUCACGUCCACCCCCACGACGGCCUGGCGAAAUGUCAUGCGCUAAUGCGAAAGAACGAGAUCGUGAGUUCGCUGGACAAAGUCCCCGGACUCAAGGGGGACACCCUUGUGGGUAAUAAUGCCCAAGGUGGGAACGUGGCCGUGUUCCAACUUCCCAGAGACAUUGCCACAGCUGAGGAAUUCUCCGUCGUCGUCACCCCCACCCAAGCGUUCGUGCACCUGCGAGAAGAGCUCGAGCAAGACCUCAUCGAGCGGCUGUCGAAAACUCGCAAGUUGAUCCAUAGGGACGUCGAGUCGCUCCACGGUGAAGUCGCUACGCGUGUGCUCAAGCUGGCGCUGCACAACGGGCGGUGCUUUCGUACCCGCCAGCACACGGUGCCUUUGAAAUGCGAACACGGAAGCAACACCCUGACCGCCGUGGCCGAGCCCGUCAAGCUCAAAGGGUACGCCCUCAGCCCGCUCGUGGCAGUGGUUGUGCUGCUGCAGUAUACCGUCCAUUUUCGCCUUGUUUGGCCGAAAGGCGCCAAGCCCAAGAACGACAAGGAGCCCUUGCCGACGGAGGACGUGGUCGUGGUCACCGUCGGCGCUCGGGCGCUGGUGCCAAGCGACGGCAAAAAGUUUUACUACCACGACCGGUCGUUGUUGCGUGACCAACGAGACGACGAACCGAUGCACGUGGAACUCCUGAGUGGCACCAAAGCGAGGCCGUACUCGGACAAUGUCAUUUAUACGUCCCCUGUGUGGAACAAUGCGCUAAAGGCCGGCAAGCUCGAGGAAUCAUUUGCAUCUUGUGACAUGGAAAUGCUCGUCGAAGGCGCGGCGCUGUCCUCGGAAUCCGAAGGGGACGACGAUUUGACUAAACAAAAUGUCAAGCCAGAGUCGGACCGAGACGCGUGGCUACGGGAGUUGUACCAGAAAGCCCAGAUGGAUGCCGCGUUGGCGAGGACGUUGCAGGCGCCUCUGCAGAAGUCGACCUCCACAUCGCCGACCAAGCGGUCGUCCCCCGCCCAGCACCCCCCGCGGGCUCUGGACUUGCACGACGUCCCCACCACCGUCAUCACAGAUGACCCCACGCCCAGCCACGAGUUGUCCCGAGCGUCCAAGUCGCUCCUGACUCGUCACGGGUUUUACGAUACGGUUACUUCGGUCCCCAUGGAAGAUAAUAACCGCCCCAAUCAGCACUCGUCUGCUUCCGGCAUGCAUCAUCCGCUGCCGCCCUUGAAAACCGUCGCAGACGAGCUGCGAGAUGGCCUCAACCUCCUGGAAAUCACAUUCCAAUUCGCCGCCUUCCGCGCGCUCUCCGAGUCCGGCGGCCAACCGUCGCCUCUUCCGACGUCCAUGUACUUUACGUUUCAAUUUUACACGUUUGAACCAACAAAGUCUGAGAGACUGCUGGUCACGUCGACGCCCGCCGCUGCCACGUACCUCCUCUGUCGCGACCACGCCAAGAAGCCAUCCCUGGCCAUCCAAUUCGACCUGCACACGACCAAGCAGUGUCCCCUCGAGGCAGCAGCGUUUGCCACGUACCUCCUCACCAAGUCGCUGCAUGUGGACGUUUGGGACGGAGAAAGCCUGCUUCCCCUGGGCUCAAUGACUGUGCCCCUCCACGACCUCAUGCGCCAAGGCAACCGCGUCAAGAAGUACCACGCCGAAUUCGAGGUGCGCCGGUCGGCCGACUUCUCCAUGAUGUCACCUGCUACUACUUCAUCCAUCCCCUCAUCCAUGGGCGCUGUCCAACUUCUCAUGAGCAACUUUGCCUCGACGUCGUCUGCGUGCCCGCCUGCCGUGGUGCGACCAAUCGACAACCCCCGAGAAGCCGGUAAUUGGAGGUUCGCGCCGCCCCCACCAUCGUCUGAUUCUGCGCUGCUUCAAAAGGGGCCUCGACAUCGCGUGCGGGCCAAACCGUUGGCCGACUCGAACGAAGAACUGAGGCAGUUGCUGGUUCGGGAACACUUGUACGACCCCGACCCGGAGAAUCAUCGGUCGUCCAAGCACCGGGAAAACAGCAGCCAAUCGCGAGGCCACAGCGACGCCACGUCCAUCACCAAGGACGAAAUCGAACGCCUUUGCCGGCGGUUUCAAUCCCAAGCCACUCGAAACAACCGGUUGGACGCGGCGGCGCUGCUUGCGCUGUUUUCCAUGGCGCCAUCGUCGACCAAACAAGAAAAGGCCGCUUUUGCAUUGGCAGAGGACAUUCGUCAAGCGUUUCUCAACGCGUUUGCGCGGGGCACAGACUUUCGUGAGAUGUUCGCCGCCUUGGACGGCAACGGCGACGGCACCGUGACCACUGCCGAGUUCAUCGAGGGCUUGCACGCCCUCGGCGCCGACUUCCGGGCGUGUGCGCCGCAAAGUCUCCGCGCCGUCGUCGACUCGUUCGACUCGAACCACGACGGCCGGAUCAAUUACAUGGAGUUCAUGGCGUUCCUAAACAAACACUUGCACUUGUCCAUUCGACAAGAGCUCCAAGCGGUGUUUAUCCGAGCGGCCCAGCGCGGCGUGGACGUGGCCGCGCUGUUCCGACAGCUAGACACGUCCGGGGACGGACAGCUGACCCCACGGGAGUUUGAAACGGCAUUGAAACACAUCGGGUUUGUCGUGAAAGACCGCAACGAGUUCGACGCGUUCUGUCGGUCGUUGGACGACGACGGCAACGGAAGCGUCUCGUACAUCGAGUUCAUCCGACACAUGGGGCUGCAAACGCUGGCCACCGACGGCGUCCUGACCACCCUGCUGGCCAUUCUCAAGCGCACAAUUGCGAAAGGCAUCGACGUUGGCGAGCUGUUUCUGCACAUGGACAGCGACGGCAGCGGCGCCGUGUCGUACGCCGAGUUGAUGAAGGUGCUGACGGAUCUGGACUUGGACAGACAGUUGAGUGCCGCCAUGUUGCAAGACAUUGUAUUGCGCGUGGACAAAGACAAGAGUGGCAGCAUCGACAUUGCCGAGUUUCUAGCGUUUGUCCAAAUUCCGUUCGACGCCGCCAAGAUGAUCCAAACGCGUCUGCAUCGGAUCCUCUCGCGGGCAGCCGACCAGGGAGUGAGUGUCCGCGACGCGUUCAGUCAGUUCGACCACGACGGCAGCGGCGAAGUGUCCGCCGUGGAGUUCCAAGCGGCGCUCCAGUCCCUCAAGUGCCCCCUCAGCCCCGCCGACCUCGCCGUCGUGCUCGCCAAGUGCGACGUCAACCGCGACGGGUCCGUGUCGUACAAGGAGUUUCUCGCUUUUGUGUUUGGAAAUCAACAAGACGCGACCAAAGUGCUGGCCAAACCCAUUCAAGUGCAGCUGGCGACGCUGUUCCAGGACGCGAGUGCAAAGGGUGUGGACCUGGCGCAGUGCUUUGCGCACUUUGACAAGGACGGAAGUCGUGAGAUCUCUACGUCCGAGUUCAUGGCGGCGUUGAAAGAGCUGGGGAUGGCCCAUGUUGACGAGGAGGAUACCAUGCGCGCCAUCGUCGCGUUGCUGGACAAGAAUCACGAUGGAAAGAUCAAUUAUGACGAGUUUGUGGCGCUGGCGACACCUCGGACGCGCGACCGACAAGUUCCCCCGCCUGUCAAGCUGUUCAACAUGCUGACCCAGGCGCUGGCCGACGGCGUCGAUGUCGAGAGUGCGUUUGGGCACUUUGACAAAACCGGCAGUGGCUCAGUGUCCCACGCCGACUUUCGGUCCGCUCUGAACGAAUUGGGGACGGUGCAGUGGACGACUUCUGAAAUGGACGCGAUCUUCCAACACUUAGACAAGGACGGCGGGGGCACGGUGUCUUUGCGGGAGUUCCAGACGUUUUUGCAGCUGACGCCAGCCAAACGCGUCCGAGCGCUGCUGGUCAAAGCCCACGGCCAAGGGGUGGCAUUAGCCCAGUCGUUUGGCCACUUUACCGCGACGGACGGCAUCGACCUUGCCGCGUUUGAGACUGGGCUCGUGAAAUUGCAGUUUACAGACUUUACUAAACAGGAUAUCCUCGGGUUGUUUGGAAGCAUCAACACGUCGACAUCGGGCCACAUUUCCAUCGAGGAGCUGAGCGCAUUUGUGGGAGUCCCAUCGGCCGCCACCACGAACGAGCUACCUGGGCUUUCCCCUAUGGACAAACUCAAGGAGCUCCUGCUGCGUGCGCAGUCGCAAGGCGUGGAUGUUGGAGCGUCAUUUGGGCAUUUUGACAAAAACGGCGAUGGAACGAUCACGUACGACGAGUUGGACGUGGCGUUGAAGCAGUUGAAUUUCACGGACUUCACCGCCGACGACGUGGCGAGUAUUCGACGAGCUCUGGAUAAGGACCACAGCGGCACCAUUUCGCUGGAUGAGUUUCAAAAGUUGUACGGGGAGAACAAGAACAUGUCCACCAAUAAGCCGCCGAAAAAGGUGCAAGAAAAGGCGGGGACGCAACAGCGCCGGCCUCCUCUCUCCAAGCAGGCAAGUACGUCCUCCCAGCUGCAUCUCAAGAAACUCCACGACUUGCUGCUCAAAGCAAAGGACCAAGGGAUCGACAUCGCUGACGCAUUUGCCCAGUUCGACACGAACGGCAAUGGUGUGAUUUCCUACGACGAAUUUGACGCGACCCUCGUCAAGUUAGGGUUCGACGGGCUGACUCCCCCCGACCUGGCGGACAUUCGAAAGGCGGUGGACCGCGACAAGUCUGGCUCCAUCUCGCUAGACGACUUCAAAGUCCUGUACGAACCACCAAAGAUAUCUGCGGGGGGCGAUGGGGGGGCUAGUACGAAGCCAUGGCUGGCCAAGAAAGGGUCAAAGGGGGCACCUUCGGUCAAAACCCAAGCUGCACCAAACGCAAUGCUCUCGGGGGUGGCCAAGCUAGGCGAGUUCUUGCGCCUAGCGAAAGGCAAGGGCAUCGAUGUGGACCUAGCGUUCGGACAUUUUGACAGGGAUGGCAACGGAAACAUCUCGUACGACGAGUUCAGCGCAGCGCUGGCGGCGUUGAACCUGGACGCGAUCACUGAGAACGACGUGCUCGAGAUCCGCACAGCCCUGGACAAGGACAAGAGCGGGAGCAUAUCGCUGGAGGAGUUCAAGAAGCUGUACGCGACCGAGUCGACGGUGGUGGCAGAAUCUGCAACUACGAUGGAGGCACUCGCCAAGCUAUGUGCAUUGCUCCAGAAGGCCCUCUCAGCAGGCAUUGACAUUCACCAAGCGUUUGGUCACUUCGAUGGGGAUGGCAAUGGAACGAUUACGAGAGCCGAAUUUGCAUCGGCUAUGACAGCGCUCCAGUUGGACGGCUUAACCAACGCCGAUGUUGCCGAGAUCACCACGGCUUUGGACAUCGACAAUAGUGGAUCGAUCUCGCUUCAGGAGUUUCAAAAGCUGUACGCAAUCACGACACCACCAGAGCCAACGAAGCCGAUGGAAGUUAAAAGCACAAAGUCGUCAACAGCUGAACAACCCACGGCGGAUGAGGAUCGGAAGGGUCUUGAGGGAAUGGAACGCUGGAAAGGGAUUGCCAGAAUGGGAUCUGAGACUGCCGACGAGAAAUCAAUCAGCGACACGAAAGACGUCAGCAAGGACAACGCACUAGUGAGCAAGCAGACACCUUCUGCCAAGAAUAUCCUCGGGGACAAGUCGGCUCUGGACAAACUUCGGGAGCUGUUGGGACGUGCCAAAGCCGGCGGUGUAGACAUUGACCAAGCGUUUCUUCACUUUGACGCAGACCAAAGCGGGUCGAUUUCGUACACGGAAUUCGACGCCGCCAUCUUAGACUUGCACUUGGAUUCGUUGACAGAAGCGGACUUGGUGGCCAUUCGAUCGGCGCUGGACACGGACAAGAGCGGGGCCAUUUCCCUGGUGGAAUUCAAACGAUUGUACGCUGAACCAACCAGUGUUCCGGCGAUUGCCGUAGGAGCGACUGACGUACCCACCCAACCCCAUGAGGAGGGGGGUGUUCACAAGGUCGGCGGCGGCAACCCAUGCGAGAAUCCCGAGAUACAAAAAUUGACACGGUUGUUGGUGGAAGCAAGAGGCAAUGGGGCGGAUGUGGCGAAAGCGUUCGCCGCGUCCGACUCGAAUGGCAAGGUCACGUACGUAGAAUUUGACGCAGCGCUCUUGGAACUAGGUCUCGACGACAUUACAGAGGAAGAGAUUGUGGCGAUCCGAACGCACUUGGACAGAGAGAAUCUCGGUGUGAUAUCAUAUCAGAAAAUCCAAGCGUUGUGGACAACACGUAGCGUCCAGCCAGACAAAUUGUCUGGGGACAAGACCAGCAACCCCCCUUCUCGAGGGGGGUCGACUAAAUCCAUGAAGAGCGCGUCAACAACUGGCAGUGACGUUGACAACACGAGUUUAAAGAAGCAAGAGAGUAAAUCGAAAGAACCAAGUGACUCGAAAGAACAGCAAAAGGACGAUAUGGACCCAGGCACAAAAGAACCAGCGGAAUCCCCCAGCGAAAGCAAAGCAAAGGAGGGUCCUUCGACGUCGCUGGAGAUGUUGAGGGCGUUGCUCGUUCGGGCGAAAGACAGCGGAGUCAACAUCGACCAGGCGUUCCUGCAUUUUGACAAGGACGGUAGCGGCACGAUCACCCACGCAGAAUUUAAAGGGGGGUUGGCUGAGCUCCAUCUUGAGGGGUUCAGCGACCAUGACGUAGACAGCGUAAUGCAGAUGCUGGACAAGGAUAACAGUGGGUCCAUCUCUCUCCAAGAGUUUAAAAAGCUCUACAAACCCCCGCCCAAGCCCGUUCGCGAUUCCAGCAAGUCCGCGACGAAGCCAUGGUUGACGAAAAAAGCGUCCAAGUCCCUGGCACCUCCAUCAGACGACGUCGUUCAGUCGAAGAAGGACGAGCGAUCGCCCCAUUCAGAUGUCAAGGGGUCGGGAGGGGUGUCUGUCGCGGCUGUGACCAAACUGAGCGACCUCCUCCUUCGUGCCAAAGAAAAGGGGGUCGACAUUGCGGCAGCCUUUUCUCACUUUGAUGCUGACGGUGACGGUGUGAUAUCAACCGCUGAGUUUGCCACGGGCCUCGCGUCUCUGCAAUUCGAUUUGUCUGCGGAGGAAGUGGCAACCAUUCAAUCGCAUUUGGACCGAGACAACAGCGGGACGAUGUCGCUGGACGAGUUCAAGUCGUUGUAUGUCAAUCCAAAGGUAUCAAAAACCAACUCGAACUCCACCAAAGCCAGCGACAGUGACAAGCCCAAGAAACCGCCUUCGGGGCUGGGCAAACGACCGUCCGUGGCUGCUUCCCGUCGGCAGUCGGCCAAGCCAGAGCAACCGACCAAUUCGCCUUUGUUGGACCAGCUGCAAAAGGUUCUGGCGAUGGCCAAAGUCAAGGGGGUGGACGUAGACCAAGCGUUCGCCCACUUUGACUCGGACGGCGACGGCAAUGUCACGUACGCAGAGUUCGACCAUGCCCUCGCGGAAUUGGGCAUUGUCCAUGAAGCGGCCGACGCCGAACACAUUCAUGCGUUGCUGGACAAGGACAAGGGCGGCACCAUUUCCAUGACCGAGUUCAAACAUCUGUACGCCAGCAAGUCAACGGCCACCCCCACCCCUGCUACGAGUAAAAAGCAACCCCCGGUAGUAGCAGCGAACUUGGAGAGUCGCAGAGCGUCCGCUAAGGCAGGAGUGGAAGCGGGGGGCAUAACAAGCCACAUGGAGACCCUUCGAAAGCUGCUGCUUCGGGCGCAGGCCAAAGGCGUGGACGUGCACCAGUCGUUUGCUCACUUUGACAAAGAUGGCGACGGAUCAGUUUCGUACGACGAGUUUGCGUUGGCGCUGAAGGAACUGCAGCUCGAGAUGAAAGCAGAGGACAUGGCACCACUGUGCAACGCCCUCGACAAGGACGGCAGCGGGUCUAUUUCUCUGAGCGAGUUCAGAAACCUGUACCAGGCAGUGCCACCGCUGUCGAGAUUGCCUUCCACAGGAGUGACAGAUGCCAAGAAAACGAGUGCCCGAGCAUCUGCCAGAACGUCCAAGCCCCCCGUGUCCGACGUAGACACGUCGUCCCACGAAUCGUCCAAACCGUCGCAAUCCCAGCCACCUGUUCGGACGAACUUGUCCUCUCAUCGCUCCACCGGAGACGACAAGUCCGAUGCCACGUCCAGCCGUCGUCUGAUUGACAAGACCAACAAUUUAUCGGAGCCUGAAUAUCGCUUCAGCACCGAGCCCGAAGUUCGCAUCUUGGAGAUCAAACUGCGCAAAGCGGCGAUCGCUGCCUUGGCCCGCGGGGUGCCCGCCACGUCGUUGCUUGGAAAGUACACGCAAAAGCCAACGGGCGAAGUGCUUCGAGUGGACUUUGUGCAGUUCUUGAUGGAGUUGGGGCUCAGCGUCAUCGACGACCUUGGCUCUGGUGGGUACGUAUGCGACGUCCCCACCAUGAUGCACGACAAGGUGUACGCGCGGCAGCUGGAGCGCCUUCGGCAGUUCCGCCAUGAAACCAAUCGACAAACGUCCAAGUCGCAAAGAGAGCUUGUCCGGGCCGCCAGCAUGUCGAAUCGCUUGGGGCGAAAAGAGCAUGGCGGCCAGGCCCGAGUAGUGGAGGCGUUCGUGGCGCAGAAGAACAAGAUGCUGCAGGUCGUGCAGUACUACCGCGACGGACACAAAAAGGCGCUCAUCCACGCGCUGCUGCGGGACCACGUCACCACGUCGAUCCACGUGUUUCCACGGUUUGGCACGAUGAUGUUUUUCGAAUUCCCAGUCCGGAAUCCGUAUGGACACGCCGAGCGCUUCCUCAUCGAGUGGCAGGACGCAGAGCUGAUGCUAGUGCUGGACGCCGUCGAGUGGCGGUACUACCGAGACCGCGUGCCCGUGUGCGUCGACAUGGGGGACGGACGCGGGGACAUCGAGGCGGACAUGAUCGACGACAUGCACGAGAUCCUCCUCGAAGGGGGCGACGCCGUCGUGCUGCCGUUCCGCCUCAUGACCCUCCAAACGCACAAGCAAGCGCGCGUCGUGCCGGUGUACGUCAAGAGCGUCGCCCACGGCCACGUCGUGUCGGUGCUGCAGGUGCACAUCCAGCCGCUGCCGUUUGUGUGUCACCGCACGCAUCGGCUGUUCCACGCCGCGGGCGGCAUUCUGCGACGCUGUCUCAAGUUCAUGUCGCCAUUAGAAGACGACGACGACGACUCGCUCCAUCCGAAUCAACCGCGAAGACAUCGCAGUCGCGAAAAGUUUGUCGCGUGUCCAGAUGCGGGCGUGGUCGUGGAAACCAACCCGGUCGAGCACAAGCACAUGCCGCAGGAAAUCUACUUCAAGUACCGAGUUGGCGAGUACCCGUCGAGUGGCGAGUUCUACUUGCUCCUGUAUGAAGACAUGUACCACGCCGUGCUGUAUGAAAUUUGGCGGCUCUGCGUCCAGUCCAUGCUCCGAUUGGACUUGCAUGCGACGAUGGGCCAAGGCGUGCGCAAUGAGCUGAUCCUCAAGGGCGACACGAUGCCCCGGCGAGUGCGGUGCUACAGCUCGCAGCCAGCCAAAGUCCACUUCAAUCCCGAGCGCAUUUUUCAGCUCUUGCCGCAUGCGUUCAACCGCAUCGAGCUGCUUUACUGCUCCAUGGACGUCGGAGCCCUCCAAGUCCUCAUCAACGUCGUGGACGUGGACAGUCACGAGUUGAUCGGGUCAUGGCUAUUGAAUGCAAACACAUCAGAGCCCCUUGUGACCAAAGUCUUCGACGUCACACUGCCCCUGGGCGUCCCCGUCCUCAAGAAAAUCUCGUACAGGAAUCCAUGGGAAUCUGAUCGUAUGUUCGUGUUGCGGACGAGCGAUCCGUCCAUCAUGAAGCCGCGGGAGCCCACGCUGCGUCUGUCUGGUGGCAGCGACGGCUUUCUCCGCCUCGCGUUUGCGCCCUACUCGAUCCCAUGCACCAAAAAGGUGUAUCUGUUCAUCAACGAUGGCUCGGAUCAAAACGAAGAGUGCCUGCUCCUGCACAUCACCUGGACCGACCACCGCGACUAAUAUUUCAUUCAUAUCGGUUAUUAGCAUUAAAUUAUACAUAUCAAAAUACACCGCCUCUGCUUAACGGGCUUGUUGCAACAAGACUAGUGCUCGGCUUAACAAGUCGGGGUUCUCGGCGAGCAACUGCAGCUCCGUCGCGGCGGUGUGCAGGUCGUCUGUCAGCGCGAUCGUGUCUGCCGCCACAGCCGACGCCAGAAACGAGUGGCGGAGGACGGGGUACACCGUCUGGAUCUCGGACGCG